UGUCUUAACAUUAACCUUUUUUCUUUUUUUUUGGAACACUUCUUAACAUUAACCAAAUCACAAUAUUGAUGCUAUAAAAUCAGUACAAAAAUUCUUUCUUUUUUUUUGUAUUUGGUCUGUUUGUUUUCCAAUCGAAUUCACGAAGAAUUCAAGAUCGACUAUUCAAUAUCAACCGCUUGCUUUUCACCGGACUUGGCCUCUCCGACGACCGGAGAAAAGCUACAUCUCAAAGAGAGUAGAUAAUUUAAAGCUGAGGAAAGAAGAAAAGUGACAAGGGUACUGAAAAAAUCUGAAGGAAUCAGAUGGGAAGCAGCAAUAGAAGCGGAGAACAAAGAAAGCAAAUGGCGGAACUUAGCAAAAACCUUAAAGAAGGUGAGAGGAUCCUGGAGCCUACACGUAGACCUGAUGGCACUCUCCGGAAACCCAUCCGGAUUCGAGCUGGACAUGUUCCAGAAGAUGAAGUUGUCAUCUAUCAAUCCAAAGGCUCUUUGAUGAAGAAGGAGAUGGCCUCACAAGGACCUCCAGGUUAUGAGCCUGAUCCAACUCCUAAAGCAAAGACUAAAGCUGCUAAGAGAAACGAACGUAAGAAAGAGAAGAGAUUACAGGCUGCUGUGGAAAAAGGUAACAGCUCUGAGGAUGGAUCAAGUAAUGUAGACAAGGAAGAGGCUGUUCCCAUUGUCACUUCAAGCAACGGACCACAAUCAGUGGAUGUAUUGGUUUCUAGUUUGGAGGCUUUGAACCUUGGUGAAGCACACAAUCCAGGAACUGCAGGAGAUGACACCGAGAAGAGAAUACGUGCACUUAAGAAGAAAAUCCGACUCACAGAAGCUCAACAGCAGAAGACUGCUCCCAAAGACUUAAAGCCGGAGCAGUUGGAGAAGUUCUCUAAGUUAGAGGAAUGGAGGCAAGAACUCAAGGCUUUGGAGGAUAAGGAGGCUUAGCACUCUGCAGCAUCUGACAUGGAUUUUCUAGCUUUCAGACAGGUUGUUGUAGCUUUUCUCAUGAAAAUUGUGGGAAGAACCAAUCGAAAUUUGUAUGAAUAUGAAAAGGAGUGCUGUUCUUUGAGGUUUUAUCAGAAAUCUUGUUAAUGGACUUGGCUCAAUGCCUAAAUUCUCAGGGGAAUUGAUUCUACUUUGUGUGUUG